AUGAAUUACCUGGAGGCGACUGCUUUUCGAAUACGAGAUAUCAAAACUCGGAACUCUUCGUCUAGCAACGAUCCUAGUGAUCCACUGACGUUCAUUAUGUCUCAGGAUGGGUCUUUCGGUCUAUACACUAAUGCACAUCGGCAAACUAGUACUGAUGUCGAAGUUGACGUUUCUGCCUGCGACAUUAUUAAUCGGUUGGAGCUUCGAGAACCUGCGGAGACUCUGAACGCCGGACUGGCUUUCCUUUGGACCGAAGAACGUAUGCGAAGGGCGGCAUUGGUAAAGACUGGAAUUAUCAAUGAAGCCUCCGUGGAGAUGCCUUCUGUGGAUGAGCUUCUUCCACUAGCUAGUGGGUCUACUGUUUGUGAUGCUUCCAUGGAUACUAGAAUUAGGUGCUUAUGGUGCGUAACUGCAUAG